AUUUAGGCAAAAGUAAAAAAUGCUUAUGUUUUAUCAAGUUGUAAUAAAUUUUUUGUUUGGAUUAUCUUCAUUUGCUCUUCUUUUGCGAAUGAUUCCUGGUGCAAAAAGUUUGUUUUUAAAGGCUGGUCUCAAAGGAAAAGACAUGAGCAAAAAAGAAAAAAUAGAAAUACCAGAAUCCUUGGGUGCUGUAUGUGGGACAGUAUUUUUAGUGUGUAUGUUUUUAUUCAUACCUGUUCCUUUUGUUACAAAAUGGUUAGAAAAAGAUGAAAGCAAUGACUUCCCACAUAAUGAGUUUGUUGAGUUCAUGGCAGCUUUAUUAUCUAUAUGCUGCAUGAUUCUUUUGGGAUUUGCUGAUGACGUUCUUGAUCUUCAAUGGAGAUACAAGCUAAUCUUGCCUACCAUUGCAUCUCUUCCAUUACUUAUGGUUUACUUUGUAAACUUUGGCUCUACUACAGUUGUGGUUCCAUCUCCAAUGCGCUUUUGGUUGGGAUUGCAUUUAAAUUUAGGUGUUUUUUACUACAUUUAUAUGGGAAUGUUGGCUGUCUUCUGUACAAAUGCUAUAAAUAUACUUGCUGGUGUAAAUGGUCUAGAGACUGGGCAGUCAUUAGUUAUUGGGUUAUCAAUACUGCUUUUUAAUUUUAUGGAAUUAUCAGGAGAUUCUUGGAAAAGACAUCUUUUUUCAUUAUACUUCAUACUUCCAUACUGUUUUGUUUCAACAGCAUUGUUGUUCUAUAACUGGUAUCCUUCUGAAGUAUUUGUUGGAGACACGUUUUGCUACUUCUCUGGGAUGACAUUCGCAGUGGUGGCCAUUUUAGGUCAUUUUAGUAAAACUAUGUUACUUUUUUUUUUACCUCAGAUAUUCAACUUUCUGUACUCAAUACCUCAGUUGUUCCGCUUUAUACCUUGUCCAAGACACAGACUGCCUAAAUAUAACGAGAAAUUGGAUAAACUGGAAAUGAGUAAAUCAACGUUUAAAUCAUCUGAACUAAAAAUUUUUGGGAAAACAUUGUUGCAUAUUUGUAAAUUUUUGCACAUAGUUGAUAUUGAAAUAAAUAUAAAUAAAGAUGAAAAUGAAGAAUAUAUUCAAAUCAAUAAUAUGACACUAAUUAAUUUUAUUAUUAUGGUUCUUGGACCAUUGCACGAAGAAAGUUUGGUCAAAAUAUUGCUUUUAAUUCAAAUGCUUUGAACAUGUCUGGCAUUUGUGAUUCGUUAUCAAGUUUCAAAGUUAUUUUACUAAAAUUUAUUUUUUUAAAAUUUAUAAAAUUUUGAAGCAAUAGUUAUAUUGUUAAUUUUGAUUGAUAUAUAUUUAAAAUUUGUAGUAAACUGUGUGCUUUAUGUAAAAAGUUUUUUUGUCUCAAAGAAACUGUUGUUUAAUUUUUAUUAUAAAAGUUUAUUGCAAACAAUACUGACCAACAACAUUACAGACAGUAUUGACAAAAUAGUUACCAGCCUUCCAGACAAUAUGGACAAGUAGUCACAAAGUGCAUCCAAGACAAUGCUAACAAAAAGUCAGCAAUUUAGACAUUGAUGAUAAAUAACAAUCUUGGCAUAGCAGACUGACAAAUAGUCAAUGACAGCAUUUCAAACAAUAAUGACAAUUAGUUACUGAUUUUAUUUCAGACAAUUUGUUUGUGAUAAUAUAGAUUAAAAAAAUGUAUAAAUAAGAAUUCAGAAAUAUAUGUUUGAAUUUUUUCAAAUAA